ACGGAGCUCUCUAUAAAAACUUGUGCUUGUCGUCAUUGUUCGUCUCAAUCCAUAACCUACACAUUGAUCUUCUCAUCGAGCUACUAAAGACAUCUCCUGACAUUUUCUUUGUUCAUAUCUCCAAUAUGCCCCAACUCACCGGCAAAGAAAUUGGCCCAAUUGGCUUCGGCCUCAUGGGACUGACUUGGCGCGACAAGCCAUGCUCCCAGGAGCAAGCCUUCGAGACUAUGCGCGCCGCCCUGAAGAAUGGCUGCAACUUCUGGAACGGUGGCGAAUUCUACGGACCGCGGGAAUACAACAGUCUCGUGCUCCUGGAGCGAUACUUCGAGAAAUACCCCGAGGAUGCGGACAAGGUUGUCAUCAGCAUCAAGGGUGGUAUGGACCCGAAGACCUUCCGCGCGGACGGCAGUCCCACUGGCAUGCGCCGGACCAUGGACGACUCCAUGGCGCAGCUGAAGGGCCGCAAGAAGAUCGAGCUGUUCGAGUCAGCGCGCCGCGACCAGACCGUGCCCAUCGAGACUACCUUCAACGUCCUUAAGUCCGAGUACAUCGAGACCGGCAAGCUCGGCGGCAUCUCGCUGUCCGAGGUGCGCGCGGAGACCAUUCACGAGGCCGUCAAGCAUGCCAAGAUCGAGGCUGUGGAGGUUGAGCUUUCGCUAUUCUCCACCGAGCCCCUCGAGAACGGUGUAGCCGCGGCGUGCGCGCAGUACGGCAUCCCGCUGAUCGCAUACUCGCCCAUCGGCCGGGGCAUGCUGACCGGCCAGAUCAAGAAGAUCGAGGACCUGCAGGAUUCGAUGCUGCGCAGCUACCCGCGCUUCCAGCCGGGCAACUUCGAGAUUAACCUGCAGUUGGUGGAGCAGGUCGAGGAGAUGGCGCGCAAGAAGGGCUGCACGCCCGCGCAGCUCGCCAUCAACUGGACGAGGGCGCUGUCGAGACGCCCCGGCAUGCCCACUAUCAUCCCUAUCCCCGGUGCCACGACGGUCGAGCGGGUGGAGGAGAACAGCAAGCUGGUGGAUCUCUCUGACGAGGAGAUGGCGCAGCUGGAUGCUACGUUGGCUAAGUUUACGCCGGCUGGCGAGCGGUACCCUGCUCAUGUUCCUGUCCAUACUUAGGUUUGUUUGCUUGAUGUGAAUGUUUGUAUGGUAAGAUGUACAUAGAGUGGUGACUGUGACGAGGGUCUGGGCUAGGAAGCUGUCUGCAAGGUUGAUGGUCUUGAU